AUAAGCGUGAAAAAAAGUUUGUCCGCUAAUCAGAGUGUCUGCUAAUUGAGUGUCCGUUAAUUGGAGAGAAUACUGUAAAAUAUGUCUACCGCUAAACUUAAAAUUCUUAGCAAAAUGUCAAAUAUAUAUAUGACUUGGCACCGGGAAAGGUUUUUUUGUUUUUCCUUUCAGCAAAUUGGCCUGGAAAUCCUUAACGAGGCUUUAUCACAGACACGUUGUACGCAAAAGUUCAAAUUAGGAGACUUUAUUUUAAUUUUUAAAGAUAAAACCAAAGGCCACAAGUCGGUUUUAUGCUGUAUUGUGACAUUUUUGUAGAAUUCUAUUGUUACUUCUGUUAGCGUGUGUGUUUUGUGUUUUUCUUGACAAAAGCUGUAUCCUGGGAAUGUCAAAAUAUUGACGAAGUGUCAGUGUUUGUUAAAGAAGUGGUCCCACGAAAAAUCAAAAAAAAAAAAAAUUAUCUUAUUUUAUUGAAAAUGUUUUAUUUAUUAUUAUAAAAAAUAUUUUUUUCAAAAAAAAGUUUUUUUUGCUCUUAUUCUGCCCUUAUUAUUUUUUACAAUCUUAUUCUCUGUUGUUUAUAUAGUCGUCAAUGAUGGCGAAUGGAUUUUUUGAGUGUUAAGAAAAUUCAACAAAUAGAAAGUAUUUUCAGAUUUUAAAAUAAGUGAAGAGAAGUUUUUUUAAGAUAAGAAGAAGGAUUUUUUAAUUAUACAACAGAAUUAAGUAUGGUUCACUGUGCAGCACUCGGUUAUACUAGAAGUUCUAGCAAAAAAAAUGAUGAAAAAAUCAGUUUUUUCAAACUUCCAAAAGACGCAAAGAUAAAACAGAUGUGGAUUUCAAAGCUGAAACGAGUCAACAUGCCUAAAGAACAAAACAUCCACGUGUGUCAUAUUCAUUUUGAUAGUGACUGCUUCAAAAGAGAUCUCAAGAAUGAAAUGCUUGGUUUGCCUACGAGACGGAUUUUAACGAAAGGGGCUGUACCGACAAAUUUUGUCUACUCCAAAGCACAAGAAAAACGGAAAUCGUCGCAAAGGUUGGAGCAAAAAGACGCUGCAUUGACAAAGCGCAAGCUCAUCGAUGAAGCUAUCCAUAACAACGCCGAAAUGGAACAUAUCGACAUAGAGAAUUUUCUGCUUGAGAAUUCGAAAUACUGCCAAACUGAAUUCGUCGUAGCAGCUCCGUCAGUACGAUCCGUGGAGACAAGACAAAAGAGCUCAAUGUGACGACGUUGAAAUGACUUUGGAUAGCGACGUUUCGUUUUGUGUGGAAAAUGCCGUUUCAGAAGAAGAAGAAUUCGAAGAAGCGAAAACAAACGAACGCGGACCUACAAGUAGCAUACCAAACGGAACUGCAUGCAUCGUUUAUUGGUCAUGCCUUUCAAUACUUUUACAACGUUGCCUUUUUUGUACUACCCCCGCCACAAUCACCAAAGUUAUCACUACAGGGUCUGCCCAUUGCAUUUACUUGUCAUGCACGGAAAACCACACGUCAAUCUGGAGAUCCCAACCCAUGGAGAAAAGGUUUUAUCUUGGUAACAUAAGACUUGCUGCAUCAGUUACUUUCAGCUCCCAUACUUAUAGAAAACUUCUAGUCAUUCCCUGGGUAUCAAAAUCUCGCUACUAGGACCAAACAUAUAUGGCUCAAACAUAUGUUCAGUGUAACUAACAAAGCAUGGAAGAAAGACCAGGACAAAAUAAUUUCCAUGUCUCAGCAGCAAAGUUUAGUGUUAAGUGGUGACGGUCGCUGUGACAGUCCUGGUCAUAACGCUAAAUAUCUCACGUAUUCAUUGUUUGAUCAAAGGUUAAAUAAAGUAACAUCAGUGUCACUGACACAAGUUACAGAGGCAGAUGGAAUUUCAAAUCGAAUGGAAAAGACGGGCUUCAUCAAAGUUUUGGGCGAGGUAAAAUACGCUGGAUUAAAAAUCAAACAGAUGACCACAGAUCGACAUCUUCAAAUCAAGAAAUAUCUGAGGAAGAAGGAGGAAGAUAUUGAUCACCAGUUUGAUGUUUGGCAUUUCAACAAAUCAAUUAAGACAAGGCUGUUAGAUGUUUCAAAGAAAAAAGCAUGUGAAGAUUUAAGGCCGUGGAUUAAAUCAAUUUGCAACCAUCUUUGGUGGUCUUCCGCAACCUGCGAACAAAACGAGAUGCUUUUAAAAGAGAAAUGGAUAAGCGUUCUUUUUCAUAUCCAAAACACACAGUUGGACGGGACAUGAAAUAUAUCACAAAUGUUGCCACCCAGAAUUAUCACCAGAAGAAGAACGUACCAAAGCAUGGAUUUCACCCAAAUCAGAGGCUUUUGUUGCUCCCCAAACCGUCGUUUUGGACAAAACUAUUUUGAGAGAUAUUAAGCAUCUUACAAAAUUCUCUCACACCUGCAUUUUAGAAGUGUACCAUUCAGUUCUAAUAAGUGGGCACCAAAGAGCACACACUUUUCGUACCAAGGAAUGGUUGCACGAUGCAGGCUAGCAGCUAUUGAUUUUAAUCAAGGAUCGUCUCUCGAGCAAGCAAAAAACAAAAGUGGAAAAGGCUCUUACAAUUUUUGCUACUUGAAGAUCAUGAAAACUUGGUCUGCAAAGCCAUACAAAGAGGCAAAAUUCCUGCGAGUGUUUUCUAAACUCGUUGAUCAAACAGAGAGAUCAAUUAUUGAAAGAGAAAAAUUACGCUGACAGGGCUUCCUCCUGAUUUACCCAAAAAUAUCGCUCCAAUUAAAAAACCCACAAAAAGGAUAUUCUAGAGAAUCAAAGAUCGCGAUUUCAUAAUUAGAAAAAAAAUUUUCUAUGAUUAUAAUCACAUACUAUAUAUUAUAUAUUUUUUGUUUAUUUUUCCGAGAAAGGGACAUAGACACCAUCCUCUUCAGGGAAAACUUGUCUUAUUUUCCAAACGAUACACGACGUUAUAACUCGGCGAUUGCCUUUUUCAAGUCGUUUCCAUCUUGUCUCGUGUAGGCAUAUUAAAACAUUCUGUAAGAUAACUUUUACAAGACAAAGUUGCUUGAAAUCCUCAUUCUCAGUUAUGCAUUUUAUUCCUAAAACAACAACGGAUAUUUGUACGAAAGAUAUCAUUAUUAUUUCGUAUUUUAAAAAUAAUUUUUAUGUAACUUAAAAAAAAUUAUGUUUUAGUACAUAUACCUUGGAAUUGUUCGUCUGCUAAUGCAAACACAAUCUCUCUCUCUCUCUCUCGAAACUAACAUCGCCAAUUAUGACGUCACAACAAAAGGUUCUUAAUAAAAAGACAAUCUUUGUGCAUCGGUUAGAAGAUCAAUAAACAAUUUUUCAAAAAAAAAUUAAAAAAUCUAUACUAAUUGAAUAGUGGAGAAUCCGAAGAACGAAUAAAAAAUUUUUGAAAAUUUCGUGGAACCACUCCUUUAAGUUCAUAAAGAAAAAGGUCUAACAGAGCUGAAAAUUAAAUCUGAAUCAAUUAGAUUUUAGUAGCCACCACCUAAAAUUUCGUAAGAAAGUGAACAAUUUUAAUUGCUAUAUUAAAAGAAAAUCAAAAUACAGUGAAAAUCAAAUUCUAACAUUGCGCGCGCGUAAUCAUUGUUGGGUAUUUGCUUUUAAGUUUUAUUAUGGAUUAGCCAAUACAGUAGAUUUUUCUCAUAGGCUGUUCUACAUUUUAAAUGAGAUGCUUACGUAUAUACAGAAUAAAAGUCGAGGGAGUAUAUUUUAGUAAAAGGAUCAACCAUGGUUGUGUUCGACACGCCAAAAUAAAUUUUUAAAAUUCACACCUUUAUUACUUAGUUUAUUAAUUUACUUGAAGUUAUUAUUUAAUUUAUUUAGUUAUUAUUUAAGUCUUCAGUUAUUUUUAACAGAAAAAACAUAGUGUGACCGUGAUUAUGUCUUUUAUGAAAUGAUGUCUGAUUUCUGAAAGAAAAAAAUAAUAGUGCCAAAACCCUCUUGACACCCUAGUGUCGAUUGCCUUGAUAUAUAUAAACUACAGACUUUAGACAGUCUUAACUUCCUCUUUUUUCAACACAUUAAGUAAAUUAUUUUUAAUAUACCAUACUAUUUAAUAUAAACAGUUACUAGCAUUUAAUAACAAAUUGAACAUGCUAGUGCGCAACUAAACAUUUAGAAGCUAAAAAAAAUUUUUGAACAACAGUGUCACAAAACACUUCACCUAUCUACUUUUAUUAUAUAUCAACAUUCAACAUGCUAAAUUGAUCAAAUGGCGUUUCAAAUGUGGUCGAUAAUCACAUAUAAAGAAUAAGACACACCUGAGCAAUUCUAAUCAGCGUGAUGGCUCGAUGGAAUUUUGCUGAGCACUGUAGCCAGGGACGUGGUCAAUGCGAAGAGGUGGGUAUGUUUAUUUUACAUAUAAUCUAUUUUUUAUUUAAUACUUGAUAUUUGAUGAUUUGUAGUCCUAAAAUUAGGAUUGCAUUUUAAAUAAUCUAAAAGAUUUUAAAUUUCAAAAUUUUUCGCUUAGUAGGCCCCAACUUUAAUGGAACCUCCAAGAAAAGGUCAAAUUUACAAAUUGCCCCUCCAGCUGAAAUACUUUUUUAUAUAAUCUCUAUAAUUUAUCUAUAAUUUAAGAAAACGAUUGUACAAGGGGUGGGGUAGAAAGGGGAAGCAUUUAUAUUUAAUUUUUGGAAAAGGUGCAACAAAAAAUUUUUGGAGAUUUUUAAAGAAAGCAUUAUUGUUUUAAGCCUAAAAAACACUAAGAAGUGACACUUUCCCUUUGCUUUUAAAGUGGGAUAACUAUACUUCGAAGUUAAGUUAAGUUAUGCAAAAAAGCACGAAGAUGGAGUGUUCUCGCUACGUGAUCGUUAAUAACCUUUAAAAGCAAGUGUUUUUCUUUUACUUGCUUAAUCUUCAAAGUUAGUAAAAGAAAAGAAGAUGAAAGGGGUAAGUCCCUUAGUACUGAUCCUUUUUUUGGACACGCUACUUCAAAAAGGUGAGUGCUAAUUGUCAUUGCUUAUUAUUGCAUGUGGUUGUAGCGUAGUUGUUAAGGUUGGUUUCCACUUUCUGACCUCAGAGUUAAUGAUAUUAAGUAUUCACUCUCAUUAUCGAUUCCGCUUUUUGUAUUGCAUAGUUCGAGCUGCUUGGAGAAGAAAUGCCAACAAAUUUGUGCACGGUCAUUUGACACUCAGUCAGCUCUUUCGUAGUAUCACCAUCUGGUAACCAGAUGUAUCUUAGAUAAUCCCAGUGUUCUGGUGGAUCUUUGACUUGGUAAUACAUGCUUUCAAUAUCAGCUAGGAGAGCAACACGUUCCAUUCGUGCCAACAAGCAGAUUUGUCAAAACAGGACUCUGUAUUAGUUCAAUCAGGAUCCUGUUUUAGUUGAAGAUUUAGUGAUAUAUCUUUGUACGAAGCGGUACAAUCAAACACGAUCCUUAACUGGUUUUGUCUAGGAUGAUAGACAUAUAUUAUUUUAUCAGUGUUACUUUCUAAUUGGCGGGUUUCCUUGACUUUGUCAUGAAAUAUUCCUUCAGGGCUGGUUCUUGCUAUCGCCUGUGCCUCAAGAAGUGCUACAAUGAAUGUCAUGCGGUUGCAUCAAUUUGGGGGUUGUCAAUCAAAUUCUUUCGUUAACAAAUCGCAUGGUUUAUCGUACACCGAUUUAUGCAAAUGCGAGAAAUGUGACUUUCAGCAAAUUGAGAAAAUCAAAUUAUGAGCGACAUUGAUGACACUAGCAAAAUUGACGAAAGAAAUAAGCAUGGAGUUACAUCUGGUAUGUCCGUCGAUAAAAAUAGCCUAACAGGUCCCGAGAACGAGGUUGACGCAGAGGGGUUUCCGAUUCGAAUAUUUAAUCAGCCCAGUCACGAACAAGAAUCGAAAGUGAAAGGAGAUACAAAAUUUCAGAAUAUUUUUAUUAUUUUAUCUCAACACCUGGGAUAUAUCAUGCUGGAGAAUAUGUAAGUAUAUUUGUCAACAUUGAUGAAAAAUUCCCAGACUCAAAUGUCACUGCUGUGUUGAAAGAUUCACAUGGGAAUGUUCUGUCGAAUGUAUCACAAAAUAUAUGGAAAAGCCAUGACGUGAUGCGCCUUUAUAUUCCCAUCUCAGUAAAAGGGAAAGUAACAUUGAUUAUAAAAUCAGAGAAUGGAGUGAAGUUUGAUCACAAAGAAACUAUUUUUGUUAAGACAUUGAAAGAUGCAAUGUUUAUUCAAACUGAUAAACCCACAUAUAAACCUGGAGACAAAAUUCGUUUUAGAGUGAUUAUUGUUGACAAAAACUUAAAACCGCCAUUUAGACAGGUUGGAUCGGAAGUGUUCAUCACAAAUGCAGGAGGAUCUCGAGUCAUGCAGUGGUCUAAUGUAACAUUGGAUAAAGGUAUUAUCAGUCUUGAAAUGCCAAUAUCUGUGAAACCAGUUCUUGGAAAAUGGCAGAUCACAGCUAAAUACGGGGCAACUAAAGCUAAACAAGAUAUCAUGGUUAAAAAAUAUGUACUUCCAAAAUUUGAAGUCACAAUACAGUCACCGUCAUAUCUACUGAAGUCGAUGAAAGAAGUUCCAAUAACAAUAUGUGCUAAGUAUACAUAUGGAAAAUCUGUUGUCGGUACAUUAAAAGUAAAGACAUGUUUGUCAUCAAUUUUUGAUGGUCAACGAAGAUGCGUGGAAGCCUCAAAAUCUUUGCUUUUAUCUGCAAUUGAUGGUUGUCUUACCACCAUGGUUGGUGUUGACAGAGAUAGAAUCAGGACUGUCAAUUAUCCUAUUGCUGUUACAGUCAAGGCCAUUGUAGUGGAAAAUGCAACUGGGGUAGCACAAAAGAGAUUACACGCAACAAAACCAUUUCUUUCGAAUGAAAUAAAAUUAAAGUUUGAUGCACCCAAGAGUUUUAAACCAGGAUUUAUGUACACAGUAAAGUUAUUUGUUACAACACCUGAUGGACGUCCAGCAUUGAACAAGCAGGUGAAAAUUAUUCUCAGUUCAAAACAAAGGUAUGAUAAGAAGAAGAAGCAUGUAAGGACGUAUGAUCCACUUAUUACCAAUGGCGUUUACUCGUUCAAUGUCUAUCCAACUGAAAGAGCUGAUUCAUAUUACUAUGAAGCUAUGAUGGAAGAAGUAGAACAUCCCUACAAUCCUUACAAUCUUGGUGAAAGAUUUACACUGUCUAUGCGACAAAAGAUCUGGCGUUCUUCACAAGUAUAUUUCAAUAACUACGGGGUGUAUACUGUAGGAAUGUCCCAAAAAUGGGCCUCUCCCAGUUCAAACUACAUUGAAAUUGCAAACAUGAGGGAUCUGGUAGCUGGCAAGUCUGCAAAAAUUACUGUAAACAUUGCAAAGUAUGGUGAAGUUCGUGGAAAGGACGUACAUUAUCUGCUGAUGUGCAGAGGAAGGAUCGUGUUGUCUGAUCGAAAAGUAGUUUACCACAAGCAUGUCCAUAUCACUUUUGUGGUCGAACACGAGAUGUUGCCUGUUUGUCGAAUGUUUGUGUAUUACAUCAGCAAGGAUGGAGAGCUUGUCUCUGACUUUAAGAAAAUACAUUUCAAAAUGUCCUUUAAAAACAAGGUAUCACUGUCAUUUUCUGAUAAUCAAAAAAUGCCUGGAGGGAAAGUAAAACUAACAUUAAAAGCAACUGCAGGAUCCAAAUUUGCUUUGUCCGCUGUUGAUAGAAGCGUCCAGUUAUUAGGUGCCUCGUUUGAUCUGAGAGAGGGACAGAUAGUGGAUAUAUUGACUAGACAGGAUGUUCAUGGCCAAACAUUUCAAGACAGAAAAAAAUGUGAUGGUUUUAGUAGUCGCUACAGAACAUCUUCAUUACUGAAGUACGAUAGCAGGCGAGCGAUUGAGAACGCUGGCCUGAUAUAUUUCAGUAAUGCAGAAGUGGAUUUUUCAGAUUGUUUGAGACAUUGGCAUUUUUAUGCUCCACGUGCAACAUCAGACAGAAGAGAACAGAGAUUACAAUACAUGUUGGCUAAAAUGAAUUUUGAUAAAAAAACUAAAAAGCCUGACGUCAAGAAACCUGUAAAGAUAAGAUCAAACUUUCCUGAAACUUGGUUGUGGUCGGACGAAUCCAUUAAUUCUUCUGGUGAAAACGUACUUCAAGUGAAAAUCCCGGACACAAUCACAACAUGGUAUGCAAGUGGAUUUGCUAUGUCGACAAGAGCUGGUAUUGGCGUAGCCGCACCUGCUAGUAUCCAGGCGUUCCAACCGUUCUUUGUUUCAGUAGCAUUACCAUAUUCUGUGAUUCGUGGAGAAACAGUUAAAGUUCCAACUACAGUGUUCAAUUACUUGGAUGAUUGUUUAGUGAUUCAAGUUAGUCUAGACACGUCAACUGAUUUCGACAUUACAUCGGAAAGAAUAAAAAAAAUGUGUGUAUGCGGAAGUAAAUCGAACACUUUCAAAUUCAGCAUCAAAUCAAAAACGCUUGGUAAAAUUGAUAUCACUGUCAAAGCUCUUUCCUUGCAGCCUGACAUUUUGAUAUGUGAUUCCAGCAACAAAAUGGCAGAUGAUGUAACUGCAGCAGAUGCGAUGACAAAGAAGUUACUUGUUGAAGCUGAAGGAAUAAAAAAAGAGUUUUCUACCAGUUCUUACUUCUGUCCUCGUGAUCAUUCUGGUUUAUAUUCUGAUACUUUAUUUGUAACAAUACCUCAGCCUGUUGUUCAAGGAUCAGUAUAUGCUGAGUUAGCAGUUGUGGGUGAUCUUUUGGGACCUAGCAUGGAUAAUUUGGACAAACUCCUGGCAAUGCCAUACGGAUGUGGCGAGCAAAAUAUGUUGAAGUUUGCACCGAAUAUUUACAUUAUGGAUUAUUUAACUGCAACCAACCAGUUGACUGAAAAAGUGGAAAGAAAAGCGAAGGAGUACAUGAGAUCAGGUUAUCAACGGGAAUUGACUUACAAGCAUUCUAACGGAGCGUAUUCAGCUUUUGGUGAACGUGAUAAGGAAGGAAGUACCUGGCUGACUGCAUUCGUUCUGAGAUCAUUCUCUCAAGCAAAAAGGUAUAUAUUUAUUGACGACAGAGAUAUUGAAGAUAGCAAACGUUGGUUGCUUUCCUUGCAAGAUUGGUCUGGUUGUUUUAAAGAAAGCGGAAUGGUCCAUCACAAAGAGAUGAAGGGUGGUGUAAGCAGCGGCAUAACAAUGACAGCUUUCGUGGUAAAUGCUCUUCUCGAAGCAAAAGUUCCACACAACGAUUCCAGAAUGCAAAGCGCACUAGCGUGUAUAACGAAUAGAUUGAAUAAGAUAUCUGAUCCAUACACUGCAGCAUUGAUUUCAUAUACAUUGUCACUGGCUGGUAGCACUAAGCGGUUUGAUAUGUUGAACAAACUGGACAGCAUGUCUAGUCAAGCUGAUGGCAUGUUACAUUGGGAAGCGACAUCCGUGAAAGAUCACCGUUCGAGCUUCUGCUAUCAAGCCCCUUCCACAGACAUCGAGAUGACUGCGUAUUCCAUGAUGGCUUACAUUGGUGGCCAAUCGCCUUUCAAGUCAAAAAUUGAACAUUUGAAAAUUGUAAAGUGGUUGGUGAAGCAAAGGAACCCAUUUGGUGGAUUUGCAUCCACGCAGGACACAUGCGUAGGACUUCAAGCCUUGUCACAAUAUUCAGCUGGUGCGAUUUCAAACCUUACCAUUAUGGCAACAACUCCAACUGGUUUCUCGAAGGAGUUUAAAGUUCGCAAUGAUAAUAAGCUGCUUCUACAGAGAGCUGUACUUCUAAACGUACCAACCAACAUUAGUAUACAAGCAACUGGUGAUGGAUGUACUUUAGUGCAGGCGAACGUAAAAUACAAUAUACCUGUACCUAAGGAGAAGCCUUCGUUUUAUUUGGAUAUUACAGUUGAAGAAUUAAAAACAAUCAAUUGUGAGCAUAAGAUUAAAGUUUGUGGAAGCUAUAUGAAAUCUGGAAAAUCCAACAUGGCACUCAUCGAUGUUAACAUGGUGUCGGGAUUCGAACCAAUCGUUAGCGAGUUGGACAUGAUUAUGCAGUCAACCAGUGCACCAUUUUCAUAUUAUGAAUUCAUUGAUGGUGUUUUGUCCAUUUAUUUUGAUGAUUUGGACCAAUCAUCUACAUGUGUAACAUUUAAAGUUGAACAAGUAGCAGAAGUUGAAGGACGAAAACCCGCUGCAGUGAAGUUGUAUGACUACUAUGACACUGACAAGUCAGCCACGACAAUGUACAACGUUGAGAGGUGUCCAGAAAUCAACGCAGCAUAAAGAAACUACUGCUGACAGGACCGGAAAAAUAACUUUUGACUGUUUAGUUUUGUUGCUAAGCAUCAAUGUGUUAUUGUGAGCCAAUCAUUUUGAAUUAUUAUUAACCAAUCAUUUUGUAAUUAUUCUGUAGUCUUUUUGUGUGUGUAACUUUAAGAUUUUAUACCGAUGUUCUUAAUUUUAUACCUUUAUACCUUG